AUGGGGGCAUUCGUAGAGAGUUUCUGGGGCGAUGAUAUAGCAGCUGGUGCGGAGGCGCUCUUUGGACAGCUGCGGCGGGGGUGCGAGCAGAACGGGCUGUUUAUCCAGCUGUUUGCGUCGCGGAUGCAGUUCGAGGUGGCGCAUGGACGGCAGCUGUGCGGGAUUGAGACAGGCGUGGACUCAUUUGAUGCGACGGAGACGACGGCUGGAGCGGCGCUGCGGGAAUUGUUGGAUCAAACGGCUCAGGAGGGGGCACAGCACCUUGCCAUCGCGGCGAACAUCGAAAGCACCGUGCUAUCGCCUUUCAGCCGCUGGUGCGAGGGGCAUCAGGAGAGGGUCGAAGAGAGCGAGAAGGCCGUGCGGCGGCAGCUGACAAGCCUGGGGCGGGCGCGGCGGCAGGUGGAAAAGCUGGAACAGACGUAUUUCAACAAAUGCCGGGCUUACGAAGACUACAAGCGUGAGCAGCUCACCGAGGAGGAGCUUGCUGCCGCGCUAGAAGCUCUACAGUUGCAGCGGGAGCGAGAGAGCCAGGCUGCGCGGGAUCGCGAGUUCCAAGAAUUCGGCAGCUUUGGUCCGGCGCGGCUAGACUAUCGGUCUGCGCGAGAACUGGUGCACGCGCUGUUGACCCGCUUGGAGAAGCACGAAUACCGCGUACCACUGAUAAACUACGUGUUCCAGGGUACGAACAAUGGCAGUGAGAUUGCGCGCUUCCUGUUUGAGUACAUGUCGCUCGACGACCUUGACGAGGCGGAAGCGGCAGGCCAGGAUUUGCUCAACAAGGGGUUUUUGAAGUAUUGCAACGGCGUAGGCGGGGGCUUCGUUAACUCGAAGAAGUUCCAGUACCAGUGGAAGGCCUAUGCAUACGAGUUUGCGCGGGUUGCUAACCAGGCACAGAACUCGGAGGAGGCUUCUCAACAGGGGGACGCGGAGUCUGACCUUGCCAGCGUUCGUAGCUCCACGGACACGAAUCGAUUCAGCCUGUUCGUGCAGGAUUUUGCGUCGAGAAUCACCAGCGCCGACUCUGCUGCGGCCUCCGUGCACAGCCGGGACUCAGAACCGCCUUCACCUGCUACUCCCCAGCUGACCGAGCAGCAAAAGAUGCUCUCGAAGCUGGCAACGGAGGUAGAGAAGGCAGAUGCGAACUACCGCCGAGAAUGUUCAAAGCUGGAUAUGCUCCGCUGUAGCACCGAAGAGUUGAUGAUGGAGCAUUAUGAUGCCUUGGAGCAGUCUGAACGUGAGCGUCUUGAGAUGCUCAAAAAUGUGACACUAGACUUUUGCGCGACCAUCGGGAACAAGAUUGCAACAAUGAAGAUUGCUAUUGAGCGGAUGAUCAGCUGCGAGAAUGCCAUGGAUCCUGCAGCGGACCUGCUCGCACUGGUAGAGCGGCACCGGACCGGAGCGUUCCAACCGAAGGUUGUGCCAUACAACAACUACUACAACCCGGGAGGGUUCCAGAUUUUUGGGAUAGAUCUGGAAACCCGCUGCAGGCUGGACAAGAAGGUGGUGCCGGUGCUGGUCUCGAGUAUUCUCUCGUAUAUGGAUCAGCUCUAUCCAGAUAUGCCGGACGACCACGCGCGCGCCACUGUAUGGACGGCGCCCGUCCGUCUACAAUAUGUCCACCAUUUGCGGAAAUUGAUCAACGAAAAGCCGGGCAGCGCCGAAGAGGAUAUCUUCCGCAUAUUUGGCGAGGCGAAUGCCGAGCCCGCGCAUGUGGCGAGCGUCCUAAAGCUGUACUUGCUCGAGCUUCCUGUACCGCUCAUCUCUAACGAUAUCUACGACGUCAUGCGCGGACUCUACACCGAGUUCCCGCCGGGCAGCGAUGCGGACGAGGACCAGCGCCUGGUAAACUCCCAGCGCGUGCAGGGCCUCACCAGCACGCUAGGCACGCUCUCGAAGCCUCGCGUGGCAACGCUUGACGUGCUCACAAACCACUUUUACCGCCUCAUCAAGAUCAUACGAAUGAGCGAAUCGCAAGAGUCCAAGGACCUUGCAGAUCACCUCGUUGCAGAAAUCGCAAAGGAGUUCGCGCCCUGCAUAAUCAAGGCCUGCUUUCCUAUCGGUCCGGAACUCGGCCGCCAGAUCUUCUCGGACCUGCUCAUGUACAAGAAGCAGGUCUUCCGCGACCUCAAGCGCCAGGGCUCGCGGCGUAAGACCAGCGGCACCGCGACUGAGGAGUCUCGUCCCGAGUAG